UAGAGAGUGUAAUACACCUUAGAAAUAUGAAAGUUGUAAUAUCUCCUGUCUUUCUAUACUCUGUCUAUACUCUUCCUGUCUGCCAUGUAUGUCCCUUUGUUUUCCAUUCUCACACUAUUCGGGUUAUAUUUGUUAUUUCUGAUUUAUGCUCACAUAUCUACCCUUCCUCUCGCUCUAUUCUCUUGAUUAGUGUGAUUAUUUCCCUUUCUUGUUAUUUUUGA